AUGAGCAGCGACCACACAUCGCUGCUACAAAGAAGAAGACGCCAUGGUGAACAGACUACUGCGCCAUGGCUGCCCAUUCCAUCGCGCGCCAUCUCUGUCGUGGAGCACCCAUGCAUCAUCAAGAACGUUGACAAGGGCAUCACCUCGUUGGGCGGGCCAGUCAAACUGAGCAAGGGCUUGCGGUCAAGCUUGGAAACCACCACCAACAUAGACGGCGACGAUGAGCUCAAGAAACUCAUCUCCGUCUCACUGCGCCCAGACGACCCCUUCGCUAAGCGGUUACUGUCUACCCCUGUGAGGACCAACAACCUACUCCUCAAGGUCACGGUGCCUAAACGAACAGGACGAAAACGAAAGCGUGGAUCAUCCGGGCCCUUCUUGACCGAAGAUGAGAUCCAGCGAACUGAUGGCCACGACUUGCGCGCAAACCGCUCUGGCUCUGGCAAGAGUAGUACUUAUGUAGAUGCUUCAACGGUCUUCCGAACCUUGCAAGACAAUGCAUCGACUUACAAAGUUGCCCUUGCAGGUAUCGUAGAUGAGACUCAUAGAUUUCGAAGCAUGCCUGAUAUACAGUACACCGCUUCUCGCAAUGACACAAUGAUUGAACUCAGGGACCAUGUAUUGUCAAAGAAAUAUGAGCAACUGAAAAAUUACGCUCCGAACACCAAAGCUGGCGCGGAUCUCGGCAAGAGUAUUGGCCCUUCUGCAGAAUAUAUACAAAUGCCAGUCGCAUAUAAUUAUCGUUUUCAACAGAACACUUUUGUCAAAUACACUGAUCGAGGUAUUGUCAAUCUGCAGAGGAGCAUAGCAUACCACGGUUACACUAUCAUCAAACCUACUGAUGAAAGUGUUCCCAAUGGGCCUAAAUCUACAUUGCCACCCGAGGAAUCUCUCACUCCAUAUCUGCAGACCUUGGUCAAGCAAAUCAAAGCCGAGCUGGUCAAGAGACCCAUAAUUACCCGGCAUUUACUCUACAACAAACUUGGUUGGGACAAGCGCACCAAGUUGAGGCAAGCAGCUGUAUAUUGUGGCUACUUCUUCGAGAGUGGACCGUGGCGCGAGGCUCUGAUCCGCUGGGGUGUUGAUCCCCGCAAGGACCCUGCGUUUCGCAGAUAUCAGACAGUAUCCUUCCUGUCAUAUCUCAAAUCAGGGAUGACCAAGCACAACAAGACCUUCGAUCAGCACGUCUAUGCGCUUAGCAGGAUGUCAAAAGAGGAGCUGGAGACACAACACACCUUUGAUGGCACCAACGUCUCCCAGACUGGCAAUCUCUUCCAGUUUUGCGACAUCACAGACCCGCUCAUUGCGAAAAUACUAGCUACAAAGGACAUCAGAACGACAUGCGCGCCAACCUUCCAGGGAUGGUACCACGUUGGUACUUGGGCAAAAGCGACAGUCAUCCUCAAGGAUAAAAUGAACACAAUAUUAGCCAAAGGAGUCUCCGACGAUUCCAUCUAUCAGCGCAUCAUAGCCUGGCCUGAGCUUUGGGAUGAUCAAGAGAUUGCCGCUCAAUACAGAGAGGAGAUUAAUGAUCGUGCAAUUCACCGGGAAAAGAAGAGGGAGCACGACGUCAUGCACAGCGUGCGAUGGGCAGCAAGAAACCCAAGAUAUGCUUUCGAGAAGAUGGAGACGCCUGGUCAAUCGCUGCGCGAAGCGGAUGAUGAUGGAGUUUCCGAAGAUCUGGACGAACCAGAGGACCCUGAUGUUCCUGAAGAUUCCACCGAAGCACCCGUCACAGCCGAUGCUAUUCUCGAUGACAAUAGUGGAGACUCUGAUGGUGAGGAGCGCGAUGACGAGGAUGGUCAAGAGGACGGGGACGGAUCUCAGGAUGAGGACGAUGAUCAGGAUGAAGAUGUAGACGGCGUAUGGGAGGCUGAUGACGACGAAGACGACGACGACGACAGUUUUCCCUUGAUGUCCGGACAUGAAGUCUCCGAGGGUCCAAGACCAUUCGGUGGCCUCUACAGAGUCUGA